AUGAGUGCCCCGGAGUGCCAAGUCAGGAGAGGAAGAAGGCAGCUGCCUGGGCCAGGAGCUCCCCAGGGUGAGGGUUGCCAGCUAUGACUUUGGGGAACCCCUGGGCCCCUGCCUGGUUGUCCUGCAUGCAUCCCAGAGCCCGGAGCCUGAGUACCAGGUGGUUGGGAAAGGGCGGCUGGGCCACAGGUGGUAGCUGGUCGGGACUUCUUCCAAUGUGACUCCCGGCAGGAUGACCUGGAGCAGGCAUCACCCUUUACCUCCUCCCAACCCUGAUGGCCGCUGGGCCUACAGAAGAAUUGCUCGCGGGCAACUCCAAUAGGGAGCUGGAAGGCUGCUGCAGGCGGGCCGGCUGGAGUCCGGGAAGGGAUGGGGGGAGGAGGGACCCGCUAGUUUGGAAUUUGUGGGUGUAAGACCACACCGGCGUGAGUAGAGGAAUCCAACGGACCGCUGACCGACCCUGCCCGCCCUGCCGGGCAGGAACCAGGGCACGGAGAUCAGGGACCCUUGGAAGCCCGGUGCUCGAUGCGCCCGGCCGGCCAGGAGAGUCUGGGAGGGGCCGGGGCGGGGCUCUGACCCUUGAGCGGUAGCUCUGCGCUCCGGGCGCGCGUGAGACACGGGCUCCUCUCCUGUCACUGUCUCCGCGAGGGGCCAGGUGGCAGCGCGGGACCCGGAGGCGCGGAGGAGGUGGCUUCCCGGGCCAGGGGCGCGGCAGGGGCGGCCCCCAAUCACAUGGGCGGAGCAGGUCCCGGGGCCCCGGCGCGCUCUCCCAAGAGUCGGGUAGACGGCGGCGGCGGCGCGGCGGUCCUCGCCGUCCCUUCCUGGCUCGCUCCUCGACCCGCUCCCGCCCCGGCUGCCCAGCGCGACAGCUGUGGGCCGCGGCCCCGUGUCCUGGACUUUCCCAUCCCUGGCCCGGGUCCGGUCCACGGAGCUACAUUGGCCUCGGAGCUAAAAAGGCUCCAGAACCGGGAGAGCCGGGCUGACAGGGCUGGGCUCCUCCCCACGCGCCUGCCUGCAGCCCAGAGUCCAUCGGCCAGCUCAAAGGUAUGGUGCUGACAGUGGAUGUGGUGGGGCCGGCGCCCUGGGGCUUCCGCAUCACUGGGGGCAGGGAUUUCCACACACCCAUUAUGGUGACCAAGGUAAAUGAGCGGGGCAAGGCUGAGGCUGCUGACCUCCGGCCUGGUGACAUCAUUGUGGCCAUCAAUGGGGAGAGUGCAGAGGGCAUGCUUCAUGCCGAGGCUCAGAGCAAGAUCCGCCAGAGCUCGUCACCUCUGCGACUGCAGCUGGACAGGUCUCAGGCUGCCUCUCCUGGGCAGACCAAUGGCGAUGGCUCCUUAGAAGUGCUGGCCACUCGCUUCCAGGGCUCCCUGAGAACACGCCCUGACAGCCAGUCCUCCCUGUGGUCCUCCUACUCCAGCCCAGCCUCCCUCAGCCCCCGGCCAAGCAGCCCCUUCACGCCGCCUCCCAGCAGCCCCCUGGGCCAAACCAGAGAGGCACCUAUUGGCCACAGCUUCCAGAGCCUGACCUACUCGGCUGCCCUCCCUGGCACUGCUGUGGAGCGCUUGUCCUGCCUGUCCCCUGGGAGCCGCCCCACAGGCCGCCAGGCGGGCCAGGGCCGCGAGGGUGACUUGGCUGUGAGGGCGCUGUCCCCUAGGUGCUCCAGCCCUAGGAUCAGCAGCCUCAACUCUGAAGCCGGGAGCCUCCAGCUGGAGGAGGACUCUGAAGUGUUCAAGAUGCUGCAGGAAAACCGUGAGGGGCGGGCCGCCCCGCGUCAGUCCAGCUCUUUUCGGCUCCUGCAGGAAGCCCUGGAGGCGGAGGAGAGAGGUGGCACGCCUGCCAUCGUGCCCAGCUCACUGAGCCCUCAGUCUUCCCUGCCCACCUCCAGGGCCCUUGCCACCCCACCCAAGCUCCACACCUGUGAGAAGUGCAGCACCAGCAUCAUGAACCAGGCUGUACGUAUCCAGGAAGGCCGGUACCGCCACCCCGGAUGCUACACCUGUGCAGACUGCGGGCUGAACCUGAAGAUGCGUGGCCACUUCUGGGUGGGCGACGAGCUGUACUGUGAGAAGCACGCCCGCCAGCGCUACUCAGCGCCUUCUGCCCUCAGCUCUCGGUCCUGAGCCUGGGACACCCUGGGCACGGCUCUGUGGAGAGCCGGCAGGCAGGGAAGGGGGCAGUGGGGGGGUGGCUCUUAUGUGAACUAAGUUUUGGGACACAAGACCCCUUAGUCCUUGCUGGAUGAGGCCAAGGACUGGGGCCCUUCUGGGGCUUUGGGGGCCAGGGGGAGCCCCACUGUCCCAGCCUUUCCCUGGACGAGGCACCUUGCCACAGGAUGAAGUGGCUGCCACAUUUGAUACUUUGUGUACAGGGUGGGACGGAGAUGGAAGCAUCUAGAAGGAGAGGGGUGGGCCAGAGGCCAAUGGUAUUCACUGUGUAAAAUGUUGGGCACGAACUCUAUGAAUAUAUGUAUAUGUGUGUACACAAUCGAGCAGAUUC